AUGACCGGACGACGAAAAGCCCCUCCACGGGGUCAACGUGCAGCAGCAGCACCUCAGGGAGAAGCUGGAGCGCAAGCGCCCGGCGAAAGCAGCAGCACCGCCGAAAAUGCCUCCACAACGCCCGCCGCGGCGGACACUCAGCGACAGUUUGGGACCAUCGACCCUGCAGCAGGCUCCAGCGCUGCGCCGGGGCGGUUGGGCUCGUUGAGGGCACCACCGGAUAUUAGGACUGGGGUGGCGACGGGAGGAGGAGCUAAGGUAUUGAAGCAUAAUCCUUCGACGGAUAGCCCAAGUUUGCUCCGAAAAUCCCAACAACGAGGCGGAAAGUGGAAGAAGUUGCAGCACCAGCGCCAAGCGAGAGAUCACAAUUCGGCGACGGCGCCCGGGGUGGAAGAGGUCGGGGACGAGGACGCGGUAGAGGAAGGGGAGGUGCAGCCUUUCCAUGAACCAGCGGGCCCCGGCGGCAGACAGGAAGUAAAGAUGACCGCAUCCGGCCCGUUUGCUUUCGGACCGGCGCAACGAGGCAUCAUCGCAACACCCGGCCGAGCAUCCGGUCCAUCAGCUAAGCACGAGGUCGUCGAUCAAAAGGACGCCAAAGCGGCCGAGGAAGACGACAACUCCUUUGACCCCACCGAUCAGUGGUCUCCCGUGGUGGUGGGCAAUGUGACGCGCCCGAAGCGGGAAAAGAAGCUCCGGGCUACAGACCGUGUGAAGGUGAAGACGGAAGCUGGGGUGGAGGCUCAGGACGGGGCGGGAGCGGAUGUCGUCCCAAUGGAUAUCCCGAGCACGGCGGAAGAUGUGUUGGAUGAAUUGGCGGAUUUGGGGUUCAAGCCUUAUCCGCAUGAGCAGCAGAUGGAGGAGGAAGAGCCUGAUACCACCAAAGUCCUCUUCUUCCAAUUCCCAUCCAUCCUACCGAAAUUCCAAGACACGUCCGCCAUGGUCAUAGGCGGCGACAGCGCACCGGUGGCACCAGCGAAGAGCGCCAAACGACGGCCCAGUAAAGAUGACGGGGCCGUGAAAAUGGAAGACGGGGCGUCGGGGAAUGUUAAACCGCAUCAGGGCCCUGACGGCCGGGCGGGGAGAUUGGUUAUUUACAAGUCGGGGAAGAUGAAGAUCAGAAUGGGCGAUAUCUUGUUCGAUGUGACACCCGGCUCGCAACCUGGCUUCCUGCAACAGAUCGUGGCGGUCGACACGUCGCAGCCAGCCUGCUACAUCCUGGGCAAGGUCGCCAAAAGAUUUGUCUGCACGCCGGACGUGGAAUCGCUUCUCGCAGCCGAUCCCUAA